UGCAGCUGUGGGAGCUACAAAUACAGCACAUGGUAGCGUUUGGUAGCUGCUUGUAGCGACGGACACCACCGGGCCCCAAACUCUGAGCCCGUUUCAGCUCUCAGUUUACACGUUAAAGCUGAACAACUUUUACUUCGGUAACUGUUAGUUUUUAAACUCCAACAACUUUUUGUCAAGUUGUUUGUCCUCGUGCAGGGUUGUGCGCGAGCGUUACACGGCGAGUUUGAGGACUUUUAAAUAAAAAAAAACAAACAAACACUUGCCCCACUCCGCCUGCAGCAGCCACGCAGAAGCUAGCAUGUCGACUGGCACAAAGGAAGUUAAGAGCUGCCCCAUUCCUACCAGGGUGCUCACCCUGAAGGACUGGUCCCAGCUACCAGACUGUUACAGCCAGACACCCGGUGGGACCCUCUUCUCCACCACGCCUGGAGGCACCCGCAUCAUCUAUGACAGGAAAUUUCUGUUGGAUUGCCGAAACUCCCCUCUUGCCCGGACCCCCCCAUGCUGUCUGCCCCAGAUCCCAGGGGUGACGGUACCCGCCACACACCCCAUGGGGAAACUGCAGGAUCUAAAAGAGGAGGCAGAGGAGGAAGAGAAGGACAUUGAUGAAAACCAGUUUGAGAUGGACAUCUGAGCUCCAGUAUUACCUCCUGUGGAGAGUUAUUAGUUAAAACACCUCCAAGGUCAUUAAUGACUGUAAUGUAUUGCAUAUAAGGCUUUUUUUUCCACCUUUUUUUUUUUUUUUUUUUUUAAAUAAAAGCUUUUGUGAGGAACCAAAAAGAAUGGAGAAAAGGUAGAAAAAACUGUAGGGUGUUUUUGACCCUAAAAAAGUGUGCUAAGCCAAGCAAUGGUAUUUAAAGGGCUGAUUGGUUGCUCACUCACUUCAGAGCUGCAGCAGGAUUGAAAAAAUCCAUCUUGAUUUCACUUUUUUUAAUCUUUUGUAAAUAACAUUGUACAAUGUAGCCUAUUUUUUAAGUUGGGGAAUAUAAAAUGAUUACAUUAAGACAUGUAGAGUUUUUCACUGCAGGCAUCAGUUGUUUUGUUGUAUUUCCUCCCAAAAACGGAUGGCUAACAAGUGUCUCCAGAUACUGGGGGUCAGGGCCUACUGAAAAUCAGCACCUACUCUUGUUUUCUAUGGAGGGAGAGCUGAAAUGUGAAUAAUUUCAAAUAAAGGCUAUCCAAACUGUCA